AAUCGGCCAAGCCAAGCCACAGAUCAAAUGGCUUAUCUUCUUCUCCGCCACUCGCUUCCUUCUGCAAACCCACUCCCAGCCCGUGCUUAUACAAGCCCCACAGCCAUGUCUCUAGUACCUUGCCUGCUUAAUUUCCUUCUCAGCCAUGGCCGCCGCAAUUUCCUUCACAAUCUCUAGCCCUUCCCUCCGGUUUCAACUCUCUAAACCCACUUCUAAAUUUAGGGUUCGCCGUCUGAGAAUCAUGGCGGCGGCUACGGGAACCAAGGUCGUGCCGGCCGUCAUAGUCGGGAGUGGCCGCGUCGGGAGGGCGCUGCUCGAUAUGGGGAAUGGUGAAGAUUUUCUGGUUAAGAGAGGCGAGUCCGUGCCCCUUGAUUUUUCGGGCCCCAUCCUCGUGUGUACCAGGAAUGAUGAUCUUGAGGCUGUUCUUGAAGCCACUCCUCGAUCGAGAUGGAACGAUUUGGUUUUUUUCCAGAAUGGAAUGCUGGACCCUUGGUAUGAAAGCAAAGGCCUAGAGGAUGCUAAUCAACUAUUAGCUUACUUCGCUAUCUCGAAGCUCGGAGAGGCACCCGUGGAUGGAAUAACGGAUACCAAUCCUGAAGGACUGACAGCAGCAUAUGGAAAAUGGGCAUCUGCUGUAGCUACAAGGCUCAAUGCUGCAGGCCUCUCCUGUAAGGUUCUUGAUAAGGAAGCAUUUGAGAAACAAAUGUUGGAGAAGCUGAUUUGGAUUUCUGCAUUUAUGCUUGUUGGAGCUCGACAUCCUGGUGCGACUGUGGGUGCUGUGGAGAAGGACUAUCGCUCCGAGGUUUCUAGCCUCAUUGCAGAACUUGCAUGUGCAGCCGCAGCUGAAAGGCAGUUGGUGUUCGAAGAUGGCAUAGAGGAAAGAUUAUGUGCAUAUUCUCGGGCCGUCGCACACUUCCCAACAGCAGUAAAAGAGUUCAAAUGGCGGAACGGAUGGUUCUAUUCUCUCUCUGAGAAAGCCAUUGCAGCAGGAAAGCCUGACCCUUGCCCCCUGCAUACUGCUUGGCUUAAGGAGCUGAAGGUUGUCUAGGAAUGAUCCCUGUGUUUCUAUCUAAUGGAUUUCCUAUGUUGGCUAAUCCAAGGUGAAACCUUUCUUUUGUUGUUUCUUUUCACUGUAUCUUACUGAUCUCAAUAAAAAGUAAAAUUUUCUUCUGGAUCCGAAACCACUUGUUGUCAUGGGGAGUAAACCAGAGGGUAAACUAGGCCCCUGCCUCUUCAGUGGGUGAGUGAGGAUUCAUCAUCUGUAUUCUGUACCAUCCUGAACUUAUGAACAGAAAAUACUUCAUUUAUGCUCACUUUAUUACCUGUGAUCUGUAAA